UCAUGUGUUUAGGGAAGCUCAUAAAUUCCGCGCUCGCGUGUCAGUUAGUCUGGGUUAGUGUGUCAAACGAGAUGAACGGAGCAACGAACGGCAGUAACAGUAAACUUUUAACGGAUUUCGAGUCGAAAGACAUUUUAUGGCAAGCAAAGGAAAAUGGCAAGCCCUUAGUGCUACUUCUCGACUACGAUGGCACUUUGGCAGUCAUUCAACCGAAUCCCAAUAACACUCGAAUGACGGAAGAUACGAAAAAAAUUCUCGAAGAAAUUUGUUCGAACAAAGAUGUCUUCGUUUCGAUCAUCACAGGACGUUGCGUGAAGGAUAUCAAAGAAAAAGUCGGAAUUGAGAGCAUAAUUUACGCUGGAAAUCACGGAUUUGAGAUCACUUAUCCGAAUGGCGAGACUCAUAAUCAACCGAUAUCCGAGGAACAUGCUGAGAGUUAUAAAAAUAUUUUAGCUGAGCUUGAACCGCUCGCUAAAAACGGCGCCUGGAUCGAAGACAAAAUAUUUUCCAUGACUUUCCAUUACGAGGAGACUCCUGAAGAACUUCAUUCUGAACUCGACCAAAAAGCGCGCGAAAUCAUCAAAAAACACGGUUUCAAGCCUACUGGAGGUCAUUUAAUUGUAGAAACCCGACCUCCAAUACUGUGGCAUAAGGGAUACGCCGCGAAAUAUUUACUUCAACGUCAUUUCGGAGACGAUUGGCGCGAAAAAGUCAACGUUGUCUUUAUGGGAGACGACACAAGUGACGAAGAUAUCAUGAAAGCUUUAAAUGGUCACGCAAUCACAUUUCGCGUAUCCCAAAACCCAGAAUUGGUAACUGACGCGACAUUUUUGAUCAAAUCUCCCUCGGAAGUCAACACAAUUUUACACAAAAUCAAAGAAAGUUUGGCUCAAAACUCAUAAAAAUCCAUUUUAUCGUGAUUUAUUUACAAGUUAAAUCAGUAUUUGAAGCAUUUUGCG